UUUUUGCAGUGAUGUGUAAUGCUUAUUAAAUCUUUGAUUCGACGAUUAUCGAUUAAUAACAUGGCUGACAAAGCGAAACGCCCAAGACUUCACUCUAUGAAAGAAAAAUCAUAUUUUGAAUCGUAUUGCGAUAUUUCUGUCCACGAGGAAAUGCUUGGUGAUGGUGAACGAACUAAUGCAUACAAAAAAGCAAUAUUUUCAUGUAGAGAUGCAAUAAGUGGAAAGGUAGUACUAGAUGUUGGUGCUGGCACUGGUAUUCUAAGUUGUUUCUGUGCUCAAGUUGGUGCAGCAAAAGUUUAUGCAGUUGAAGCCAGCAAAAUUGCCAAGCAGGCAGAAAAGGUAGUUGAGCACAAUGGAUUGCAAGACCGUGUCCAAGUUAUUCAUGGUGUUAUGGAAGAAGUAAAUUUGCCAGAAAAAGUUGAUAUCAUCGUCAGUGAAUGGAUGGGAUACUGUUUGCUUUAUGAAUCAAUGUUGUCAUCCGUCAUAUGGGCCAGAGAUAAAUGGUUGAAGCCCGGAGGUUUAAUGUUGCCAGAUCAUGCCACUAUCUUUGUUGCACCUGUAUGCGAUGAUGAGGUGAUGGUGGAAAAAGUUAAUUUUUGGAAUGAUAUGGAUGAAGUUUAUGGUGUCGACAUGGCAUGUCUAAUCCCAUUUGCCAGAGAAUCAUUAGCAAAGGAGGUAAUGGUGAAAUGUAUAGGUGGAGAAAGCGUUUUGUCUCAUGAGCAAACUGUUGCAAAACUUGACUUGUACACUGUGACUACAGAUGAUUUAUCAUUAGUUCAAUAUAAGUUUUCAUUCAAAUGUUUUGGAAUCGCCGAUCUACAGGGAUUUUCUGUCUGGUUUGAUGUGAAGUUUUCUGGUCAUGAUGUUUCAACAUAUAAGCUAGCUUGUAAUGGCGAUAAAAAAGACUCGCAAUCGAACAACCACACUAAGAACAGUGUUAUUUUGUCAACUUCACCAUUCAAACCUGAAACCCAUUGGAAGCAAUCCAUAUUAUACUUGGAUAACGAGGUAGCUGUACAGCAAGAUUCUGAUAUCAGUGGAAAAAUACAGCUGCGGCCUGAGAAAUAUAACCCACGCUUUCUUUCAAUCACCCUCGAUACAAAAAUAGAUGAUGGUGAAAUGAUAUGUAAAAAAUAUUCCAUGGGUUAUGAGCUACCUAAAGCUGAUGUCAGUGCUUUAGAAAGUUAACAGUAACAGUAUGAGCAAAUGCAUGUUUUAAAUAUUGUAUCGUCAAGUAUUAUUAAUAUCUUUAGUCGUGUUAUGUCCUCAAAGGAAUCAUUGUGGAAAUAGCUUCCUCAUAUUAUAGGCAAUUUUUAGAUAUGUUUUGCAAUGUAAUACUAGUCAUUCAGCAUUUUGAUAUGCGAGCUCUUGUUCGCUUAAUAUGCACUAGAUGUCGUUUUAUGCUAGAACUGUGCAAUUGGCAGUUUUUACUAGUGGAUUCACGACGGUAUGCAUUUAUCAAGUGUAAAAAAUGCACAGAAGGCUGUAGUAUUUAGUAAUAAACAAUUACAGCUACUUUUGUAUUAAGUCCCUAUAUACCCAAUUAUUCUAAAAUGUGUGGAAUUGGUUUCAAAUAUUUUUCAACUUGCCAGGAAAAUUCAGAUUCCUUACAAAUCUGGAAAGCAAUUAACUUAGCAUGAAUUUUGAAUGUUAGCUUCAAGCAAUGUUCUUUAGUACUUGUAGCAUUGAUUCAGAGAUGGAACCAUGCUACAAUUUUCACAACUACCGUAAGUGAAUUCCGAGUUUUACUUGAUGGCUUACCGAUGAUACUGACAGAAUCAAGUUUGUUUUGCAUUCUCUGCCAUUUAUGAGUAUUCUUUAGAAAAAUUACCGCUCAUACUAUAUGAUUAUAACUUUGAAUCCUUAAUAAGUAAGGCGGACGAUCUUUCUUUUAUUCUGACUGUUUGUUGUUUUUUUAUUAUUUUUAUUCUUCAUAGGCAAACUCUCUUAUCAUUUACUUUUUUCAUACCUAAUGUUAAACAACAGUAUUUCCAUAUGAUCGUAUUUUGCUAGGACACUUGCACAAGCCAUUGGAAUGAUUAGACAUACCUCUUUAAAAUAAGAUAAAUACGUGAAUGAAAAUUCGAUGAGAGUGUUGAUCUUUUAUUUGCCAAUUACAGAAGCAUUAAGUGCGGGGA